AUGUGUCUCCUGAUCUACAUACACACAUCUGAGAGCGAAAUAUUCAAUCAGAGUGUCACUGUGGGAAAAGACAUCUCUCUUGUGUGUAAACAUGAAGGGAAAGUGACAUGGAGUAAAGACAGAAAUGGAACAAGAGUGGACAUUCUCACUGCAGAAACAGAUGGAGAGACAAUAAAACUAAUUUCAGAUCCUCAUAACCGUUAUAGUGUAUUGGAUGAUUUAUCACUACACAUAAAGAGUGUUUCAGACUCAGACUCUGGAAUUUAUUACUGUAAUGCAGCUCCAACUGUGAAUCUGAUAGUAACAGAACCAGGGGCAACCACAUCCAACGACAGGCAACCAGGAGCCACCACACCAACACAAGAGACAACCACAUCCAACUACAGUCAACCAGGAGCCACCACACCAACAACAGUGAUCUCUACCAAUACAACUCAACCCAACUCAACUCAAUCUAACUCCAGCAAUUCAAAAUUUACCUCAACAAAAGAGACAACCAAAUCCAACUACAGUCAACCAGGAGCCACCACACCAACAACAGCAAAACCUAAAACUAUAGUGGAUUCAGUAAACAAAAGUGUGACAAAUUCCUCAGCAACAAAACACAAGCCAACUUACAUUACUCCAGCAGUUUCAGGAGGAGUUGUGUUUCUGGUGCUGAUACUGUUGUUAUGGGCGUGUAUCAAAAGAAAAAGUCUUUCAGCUGCUCUUUCCAACAAGAAGGAUAAUAUAUAUGAGACUGUAGAUGACAGUCAUUCUACCGUACAACCUGCUCCCCCACAAAAAACCAAUGAUGCCAUAUAUUACUUGGCUGGAGAUCCUGAUGUAGUAAAACUUGGUAAAGAUGGCCAAAGACAUGAGUUUGAUGAUCCCACAUAUACUCUGAUAGGCUUAUCAGAGUCAAAGUCAAAGGAGAAUCUCAAUGAGCAGGGACCUGAUGUGCCUUUGUACUCUACAAUCAAAGAAUCCAGUGAAUAAUGAGACCAAACCUGAACUUAUAUUAAAAAAUCCAUAAACGUUAAGAAGUGAUAGAGUGAAUGUUAUAUUUCAGUGGCAAAAAAAAAACUAUUUAA